CGCGCGUCAAAAUCUUUUUUUGAUCGCGUAGCUAUUUUACAAAUUUAUACGUACUUCCAAUCACUUAAUCUUGUCUUCAUACAACAAUUAAAUAUAUUAAUAACGCGGAAUCUGUUAUUUUAAACUGCAAUCACUACGAAAAUUGGUGUUAUUUAUAAUACUUUAAAUUGCUAUAUAAUGACAUCAAACAACUGUACUAUGCCAAAAAAAGAUACGGAACUGGUUCUGCGAGAUCUGCAAACACUUCUUCGUGAAACUAUAGGUAAUGAAGUGAUUGUUGUCAAGUAUGACACGAUAAAUUUACUACCUAAAGGUGAAAACUACUCGAGCACGAUGCUCAAGGUAAAUUCAGUGAUCAAGAGAACUGAAGAUUCGCCCGAGGAAAAUCUAGCUCUUGUUGCUAAAAUGAUACCAGUGACAGAAUUUCAACAGAGCCACAUUAACUGCACCACUUCUUUCAAUAAGGAAAUGUACGUGUAUAAAAUAUUGAUGCCUGCGUUCAGAGAGCUCGAGAAAGAAGUUGGUGUCAAGGACGAAGAUCUGAUUGACAUAACUCCAAAAUACUACGGAGGCAGGCUCUCGAUGAAUAGAGAAAAACUAGACGUUGCUGAUAUUGACGCGGUCAUGCUGAUGGAAAAUCUGAAAGAGCACGGAUAUUACACAAUGAACAGGAUUAGAGGUUUGGAUCUAGGUCACGCUAAAAUGGCACUCAGGGAACUAGCACGGUUUCAUGCCCUGUCAAUGGCACUGAGAAAGAAAAAACCAAGUUUUUUCGAAGAAGUUAAGAAGUCUUUGAACGAUUUUCCCUUUAAAAUGGUAGAAAACGAAUUCGAUGAUUCGAUACGUCAUAUUAUUAGUACUGUCUGUGAAUACCCACAAACUGCUAAAUAUGAAGAUCGUAUCAGAGCAUCAAUAGAAGCAAAUAAGGACUGGAUAAAAACGAUGAAUACUGAGCCAGAAGAACCUUGGAUCGCUAUAAAUCACGGCGAUUUUUGGUCGAACAACAUGCUCUUCCGACAAGAAAAUGGAAAGGUCAAGGACAUUAAGUUCGUCGACUUUCAAAUCACAAGGGUCAGCAGUCCAUUAAAAGAUCUGCCAUAUUUUCUAUGUGGAAGUGUUGCAAUGGAUGUCAUGGAGAAGCAAUUUGACGAACUUUUAGAUACAUAUCACAAUAGUUUGAUUGACGUCUUAACGAAGACAGGCUGUGCCACCAGUCCAUACUCGAGAAAAAGUUUUGACGAACGGCUGAAAAAAGAAGCUAAUAGCGAAUUGUUACGUUGUUUGUUUGCAGCCAAAUUUUUCACGCAAGAAACCAGUGAUGAUAUUGAUCUUAAUGACAUGGUAAACUCAGUAACAAUGAGUAAGACCACUAAUUUAUAUCUCGAACGAUCGUGGAUGAUUGUAUCUAAAUUUGUCGAGAAAGGAUGGAUAUGAACAGUUUAAUACGGUCAUUUAAUUAGGUUACUUCAGCAAUUUAGCUUGGCUCGAGUUCCAUUAGAACCUCUGAAGCCACUCGAACGUUUUGAGCUUCAGAGUUGAAUUUACAAACUAGCAAAUUUCUAUUUCAAUUUUUAAGCAAUUGUAUAAAUUUUACGCACUUCGAUAAACAAUUUUUUUGAAAGAUUUUGAAAAUAUUCAAAGAACUCGAGAACUCGAAAGCUAAGCCGGCCCAAUAGUUGAGUAUUCGUAAAGCUCGAAGCGGCUUAAACUAUUUCGAGCUCGGCUUAGCUCAGCUAAGCACUUGUUUAAAUUGCUCGAGCCGUUCAAGCUGUUGUAGAAAUCUAAUUUUAUUUUGUACAAACAAUAAGUGUGGUAAUUGUCUUAUAUAAUAACGAAUUUUUAACUUUACUAAGGAGAUUUGUUAAGCUUAUUUUUGUACACAAAUAUUUUUGUUAAAAAGUAUUAAGCAAUUUCAUUUUUUUUCUUUUGUUUCAAACAAUUCAGAUAUUAAUUGUCUAGUCAACGAAAUGUAGAUGAUAAAAUUAAUAUACAGUUAGCAUAUAAUAAACGCUCAAAAAUAUCUAUGUACAAAUUGUAA